AUGCAGCUGCAGUACUUGCUAACCCGUCUGGGUUCCAUACAUUGCGACUUACCUAAGUUGAACUUGGGCGGUCAUCACCAUCACGACCAGCUGCAACCACCAUCGUCAUCGUCCGACCCGGGUGACGUGACGCGGCACAAGAUCGUGGUGAUGGGCGCUGCACGGGUGGGCAAGUCGUCUUUGAUCACGCAGUUCUUGUACCGAAAGUUCUCGUCCAAGUACAAGCGGACCGUAGAGGAAAUGCACCACGGCCAGUUCACGGUGGACGGCGUAAAAAUCGACCUGGACAUAUUGGACACUUCCGGCGCGUACGAGUUUCCGGCGAUGCGCGCUCUGUCCAUAUCGUCGGCGGACGCUUUCGUGCUGGUCUACUCCGUCACCGAUCCUGAUUCGUUCCAGCAGGCUGCCACCAUCAGGGACCAGAUCAUCGAUAUCAAGCACACGGCAGACGUGCCGAUCGUGGUGGUUGGCAACAAGCUGGACUUGGCCAAUUCCGACCGGAAGGUGCCAUACGAGGAGACUUCGUGUCUGGUGGAAGUGGACUGGGAAAACGGUUUCGUGGAGACGUCUGCAAAGGACAACAUAAACGUGGGCGAAGUGUUCAAGGAACUAUUGAACCAGGCGAAGAUCAAGUACGACCUGGGCCCGUCGUUGCGGCGGAACUCGGCGCGAAGACAGUCGUUGCCGUCCGGCGGCGGUUCGGGCCAGGGGUCGAUGGUGCCCACGCCGGCGCAACUUGCUCACCUGCAGAAAAAGGCGAGCGGCAAAGAUGACAGCGGUGGAGGCGGCGGUGGAGGUGGCGGCGGGAGAUCGAAGCGCAACUCGUGUUCGAUAUCAUAACAAGGAAAAAUGUUAUUUAAAAAAAAAAAAAAAAAACAUCUAACGGAAAAAAAUU